AAUUAAAACCUUUAAUCGUUUUGUUUAUAUAUAGACUUCAGACAUUAAACACAAUUAAUCAUCUGAAGCUUGUUCUCCCUAUAAAUAUAUGCCAUCUCAUACGGCGUUCUGCAUUCUUCAGUCUUUUGGUAUGACGUGUACCUAAUGGUAAUCGUCGUUUUGUAUUGAAAUUAGGCUGAAUCGGCCAUUCGCUUGGCCGAUCUCAUUUACAUGCUCUAACGUCCCAACGGGGCGUGAGUUCAUGUUUGACCAUAAGACCGGAGGAGGGAGGGCUCACAUGUGCUAAUUGGCUGUCAAGGGUUUGGGUGCGCUGUCUGUGGUUUAAGGAAACAGGUUAGUUCAGAGGGAGCAAAACUUCUAGAAGCAUGGCGUUUUAGGUUUGCAGCUUAAAAAACAGGCACUUUAUUUUUUAGUUGCCGAGGUUUGGUUAUAAUUGCAGGGUUUUUACUUUUUUCCACUGGGGUCGCAAAAUGAAUUUGAUUUGGUCGUCCAGACUUCUGGGUGCAACAGUUGUUUUCCUAUUUAUAAAGAUUGGAACAGGGUGCGAUGGCUCCGAUUGUACUAAAAGUCAACGAUCGGAGAAAACAACGGAGAUCGCGGAAUAUCUUAGCCAGAUGAAUGGGAUGAAUGCGCUGUCGGAUGAACGGAAGCACAGAGAAGCAGGAUCCGUAAUACCAUUCGUUGGUAUUACUGGAAGUUCAAGACAAAGUCGAAGCUGCUGUCAAAACGGGGGCACCUGUAUUUUAGGUAGUUUUUGCGCUUGUCCAAAGCACUUCACAGGCAGGAGUUGCGAAUAUGAUGAUCGUAUCAGAAAUUGUGGUGGAAUUCCUCAUGGGGAAUGGGUAAAGAAAGGUUGCUCAUACUGUAGGUGUGGAUAUGGCGUUUUUCAUUGCUUCCCCCAAGUCUUUCAUCAUAAUUGCGAUGAUACCCAGGAAGUACUAUGGUUUCGCUCUGCUGGAUCCAACAUGCAACAACCUCAGUGUUUUGUGUGUCUAGCACUAUUUUGUUUGAUUUUCUUUUUCCUUUGAAGGAUACAGGUAAAAUCUGCAGAUUUAUGAGGACCCUGAUAGUCCCUGUAUACAUCAUGGAGAAAAUGAGAUUUUAUUUUUCUCUGGCCCCUAUGAAUGUGCAAUUCUUUUAUUUGCUUCCAGUGGAAGUCUGAGCAUUAUGUUUUGGAGAGUUAUUGUUUUAAUAUGUUGGGAGCUCUAAAUAAGAUUUUAUUAGAAAUGGCCGCAUUGUUUUUUUCUGGUUUGAUUAAUACGUAUUUUAUUGAUUGAAGUUGCAGCGCUGUGUCCAAGAAUUCACUGUCCAUGUUGAGUCACAUGUACGAUGUUAUGUUUGUCUUCCUUAUUGUGCAUCCAUUGAAGUGUCUCAAGGUAUUUGAUCGGGAAAUAAAGUGCUGUUUUAGUUUAA